AUGCGUGAGGAAAACGAGCGCAAGGCGGAACUUUGCCGUGCUGACGAAGAGCAGCACCGUCGCGAUGAGCAGGCGGCCCGCGAGGCACGCUACCUCGUUGACAAAGCAGAGGCCGAAGAGCGUAGCCGUCUUGAGAAGCAGGAGGCGGUGGAGCGUCGCCGUCAAGAGAAGGAGGAGGCGGAGGAGCGCGCCCGUCGGGACAAGGAGGACGCUCGUGCGUGCACUCAAGAGCUGUUGCUCAUCCUGGGCGCGCUAACGAAGAAGGAAUGA